AUGACUUCUGAACACAAGGUAGAAGGGGAGGACCCCAUGCAGACGAUCAAGGAUUUGACGUCGGGCGCUGUUGGAGGAAUUGCCCAAGUCCUUCUCGAUAUUGUCAAAGUCCGAUUGCAGACUACGACACACUACUCCAAUGCCUUGGAUUGUGCUACAAAGAUCUUUGCAAGGGAGGGCCCAUUUGCAUUCUACAAGGGGACCUUGACUCCAUUGAUAGGUAUUGGUGCUUGUGUCAGCGUCCAGUUCGGAGCAUUCCAUGAAGCACGCCGUCAAUUCGAAAGGAUCAACGCUCAGAAAGGGUUAAAGGAUACCAGUCUAUCCUACUCACAAUAUUACAUGUCUGGUGCCUUUGCAGGUAUUGUUAACUCUGUGAUCUCUGGUCCAAUCGAACAUGUUCGUAUCCGGCUGCAAACCCAGCCCCAUGGUGAAGGGCGGCUGUACAAUGGCCCAUUGGAUUGCAUAAAGAAACUCUCAUCUCAGGGAGGAGUGUUCAAUGGCCUGUAUCGAGGAGAGGCAGUUACAAUUCUUCGUGAAGCACAGGCCUAUGGAAUGUGGUUCCUUUCCUUUGAAUAUAUGAUGGACUGGGAGGCAAAGCGAACCAACACUAAACGCGAAGAUAUCUCUGCUUUGAAAAUCGCAGGAUACGGUGGCUUGGCUGGUGAGGUGCUCUGGCUCUCUAGUUAUCCAUUUGAUGUGGUCAAGAGUAAAAUGCAGAGCGACGGUUUCGGUGAGCAACAGAAAUACAAAAACAUGCGAGACUGCUUCAGGCAAACCCUCGCUCAGGAGGGAAUUAGAGGAUUUGUUAAAGGCAUUGCACCAACUCUCCUAAGGGCAGGGCCAGUGUCAGCAGGUACUUUUGCAGCUUUCGAGCUUACCAAGAGAGCUCUAGGGUAA